UUCAAACCUUCACAAAUAUUCCAAUACCUACACAUACAUAGUCCAUACAAAUAUAUAUAUUAAACCAACAAAACAAUCAUUUAUUCUCUUGCCAAGCGAACUCGGGUUCAUAAUAUUUACUCUGAACAUUCCAUCCAUCCAUCCAGCAUCGCAUCGCAUCGCAUCGCAUCUAGUACGUACGAUUCGAUUCGGUAACCAAAGCAAUCCGUUAUCCGUCCCCUCUCGGAAUCCACGGAAUCAAAUCGCAAUCAUCACAUCACAACACAUCGAUUUAAUCAAAGCAUUUCUAAUAAAGCUUUUGAUUUUACUAAGAAUCUAAUCAUUUUCCCACCUAACUUCUUACUUUUAUCUUCUCUUCUCAUUUUCCAUUUUGUCCUCUGAAAAGUCUGCAGAGUCUAUCCUCGUCUCUGGAACAAGGUUUUUUCCAAAGUAUCUGCAUCGAAUCUCGUCAUUUGUUUUGUAGGAAAACGGUGGGUUGAGGGGUUCUUUGUUAUAUAUAUAUAUACACAUAUAAAUAUACACCAGGUACUUGAGAGUACUUGAGGAUUUACGGAGAGACCUCCUCACCGCGACGACUAAAUUUCAAUACAUUGGAUUCCAUAUCGGACAUUGGAUUAAAGGAUAUUUUAAAUUUGGGUCUUUGAAUCUAGAACUUUCGGAGGAAGAGGGAAGGAAAGAAAAGGCACAAGAUCAACGUCGGGACCAGGAUAUAAAUCUUCCUCCACAAGAUACAUAGUUAUUCUAACAGCAAUGACACGAUUAAGAUCAAGGUAAGAAUAUUUCCUACCACAUCCUUUACCCUCUCCUUCUUUCUGUUCCCUUCCCACCUGUUUUCAUACAUCACAUACCAAUAUCAAUAUCAACAUUCAAACCCAACUAACACACCACCCAGAUCCAUAACCUCAACACGCUCCACCACUCUCCUCAUCGCUUUCCUUUCUCUCACAUCCAAUAUCCUGUCUUCAAUAUUCGUCCAUCAAUUACCCGAUGAUCCAUUUCAUCUCGCCACUAACUAUGGCAUGUAUUUACAUUUUGCCAAUGUGAUGAGUGUAUUUGGUGUUAUUGGGGGUUUGAGGGUACGUAUUUAUCUUUUUUCCUUCUUCUUUUGGCUUUCUUAGAGGAAUAUGUUGUUUUGUUAGGAAGAGAGAGGCUAUUUGGAUGGUUCCGGGGGUGGAUGGGGUUGAAAAGAUCGGCUUGGGUGAACGGUUGGGUACUUGUUCUGGACGGGAAUAUUUGGGGAUGGAUCUACUUGAUUUUAUCAUGUUUCUUUUUCUUUUUUCUUGAAGCUUUCGAGUUUGAAAGGAUAUAGCUACGAACAGUAACUAACAACCUAUCAGAGACAUGCCCUCUCAAUCCUAUGUUUCUCAACCUACCUCCUCCUCGACACACUCCUGAGCACCAUCCCCCGGUUGCUCCUCCUAACUCUCCUAUCCAACUCCUCCUCCAUCCUCUGCGCCCCUUCCUCCACCACCUCCCUCGAUUUCACCACUCAAAUCCCAUCCAACAUCAACAGUCAAGAAUUAAGCCUAGCAACUUAUAGCAUAUCCUCGCACAUCCCUGCAUCAUCACAUGUCGCUGGAUUUGCGGAUUUUAUGGGAAAGACGGGUGGAGAAGAUGGAUGGAGCGAAAAGGGUUGUAAAAGGGUUAUGUACUUGGGUUAUGUGACUCUGAUGGGAGGUGUUAUGGUUGCAAUGGGCUUACAGGUUUUGGGUGCGCUCUGUGUGAGGGAUUAUGCUAGGGGUCUGUUUCUUGCGGAGAGGAAUGAAUUGGAAAGUGGAGAUGGGGAAUGGGAAAGAAGAAUAAAGGAGGGGAGUGAAGAGAGGAGGGAGAAGGUGAUAAUGGUGGAUAGAGAGGGAUUCCGACCGCUUUUGGUUUUGGAUAGGGAGGAGGAAGAGCAGUUCAGGAGGAUGACGCCGAUUUCGGAAGAGAGAGACUUCUCUUGAAGAUUUCCUUUGGUCAUCGUGAUACGGGUGUAGUGUGAGUUGAUGAUACGAAAUCCCCGUCAUCCACAAACCGGAGAAUAUAUAUCACGAUGAUAUAUAAAAUAUGGAAGAGAGAUGAAGCGACACGAGAUGAUACGAUAAGAUUGUACUAUACAAAGGCAAAACAGUGACGGACGAUAUACGAAACGAAACUUCAAUUGCCACAAUAGGAUUUGUAUAUAAUUGGAGGAAAGCAAAGUAAAGCAUGAAGCAAGCAAGCGAAGCAAAGAAUAGUAUGAGAUAUGGAACUAGGGCGCUCUUUUGAUACCAUUACUACCGAUACCAUGGGGGAUUUGAGGAGGUUUGGAAGGUUUAGGGAUAGGGAUAGGGAUAGGGAGUAGGGGAUA